GUGCCGCCAGUCGAGCUACAGCGCCCGGUGCCAUGGGUCGCCCCUCCCGGCGUUCUGGUGCUUGUCUCUCGCUGCUGCGCCGCGUCCUCGACUCGCCCGCAUCUAGCCGUCGUGGAGAGACCCUGGCCCAAUGGAGCCUUCUGAUUCGUUGCCCUCACACACUGAAGAUGGUCAGCGUGGUUCGCCGCCAGAGUACUCAACUAGAAGGGUGGACACUGGGCAGAGGUUGGUGGAUAGGAUGCCUAUCAAUCCCAAGAGAGCACACAGGAAAGGUUUGAGGUUCCUCUUCGACCCUAUAUGUGGUCCUCGCACGCAUUGGCCGGUGUUUCUGGGUCGUCUGUCCAAAUGCCACCUGGUCCCUUAGUGCUCCGGAAGAGCAAUGUUUCCCAUGAUCCAACUGGUCAUCUAAUGGAGGAUUGUCAUGCUCGUGGUAGGAAGAAAGCUGCUCAUCCCGCUGUUGAUGGUGUCCACCGUAAGAAGUUGCGGUCCAACCCUCGGUAUUCGAAGGAAAAUAACAAGGCACCCGACAAUUCUAGGCGAUUAACCGAUUAUUUCUCUACCCGUGAAGGCGCCGAGGGUCCCUCAACAUCAAAGCGGUCUGCAAAUCCAUCUCAAAUUUUGAACAUCAGGUGCAACCCUCGUGACGUCAUUUUCACUAUUCAACUGCUGAACCCUGACCAGCAUGCGGCCAUCGAAGCUCUAGGUUUUGGUCACCUCCUCCGGAUGCAGAUUGAUGUCGUGGAGAGUAGCGAUUUGCUUACCUGGAUCAUGGACAGUGUCAGUCCAGUUGACAUGAUAAUACGCCUUGGCCCAGGCAAGGAUCGAUCUAGGGAGCUGCGUGCUGAGAUGCUGUACUACAUCACAUUCCACACAGAGAACAAAGUGGACACGCUGCCAGAUGAUCUCCUUCAGUUCCGUCAAGAAGAUCACCACCCCUUUUUGUAUUAGCACUUGUUCUAUUUUGGGAAUCCUGUACAUAUAACACUUCCAUCGAUAGCACUAGGAGCACAAUUUCUAUAUAUACUUUCUGAUAGGUUCUCCAUGUGUAAGCUUACAUUUUUCUCUAAGGUCUGCUUUUAACAGAGCUGUGUCCACGUCAUACAUUUCCAUUGACUGGGUGCAUUUUUA